AUGACGCCCCUAUCUGACACAGAUCUGGAGGUCAAGCCAGAAACUGAGUCACCACGCAGGACGCCGUCUCAAUUACCGCAAGAUGUCGAGUCUAGCUCUCAGUCAGACCAGGACAAAAGUCUUUAUCCAGCUGACGCCCUCUCAACUCCUCGCCAGAUCCUAUUUGUUGGAACUCUCUGCACAGCCAUGUUCACCAAUCAAGUGGGCCUGGGAAACACCCUCGCAACUGUCGGUCUGAUUGGAGAGUCCUUUGGCAUGACCAAUUCGGGCCAACUCUCAUGGCUCAUCGCGGGCUAUAGUCUGACUCUCGGCACCUUCAUUCUCAUCGGUGGACGUCUGGGAGAUGAGUUUGGUCACAAGAAGAUGUUCGUCAUCGGCAUGAUCUGGUACUCUCUUUGGUCCUUGGUUGCCGGCCUAUCGGUCUACUCCAACUACGUCCUGUUCACCUUUUCCCGUGUGUUUCAAGGCAUGGGCCCUGCUCUCACUCUACCAAAUGCUCUUGGUAUUCUGGGCCGGUCCUUUGCGCCUGGGCCGCGCCAGAAUAUGGCAUUUGCAUGGUUUGGUGGAACUGCUCCUUUUGGUGCCAUCGCAGGUUUCCUGUUCGGGGGUCUCUUUGCUCUCGCUUGGUGGCCGUGGAUCUACUGGAGUCUCGCACUUGCACUUGCUGGUAUUGCUGCUUUUGCCGAGUGGACAAUCCCUCAGUCCCUCCAAGAAAAGCAGACUAAGCCAGUCCGGGAGAUACUUGAGGCUCUCGACAUUCCCGGCAGCUUGACUGGUGUAACCGCACUAGUAUUGUUUAACUUUGCGUGGAACCAGGCUGUUGUAGUUGGCUGGAAGCAGCCCUACGUUUAUAUCUGCCUUAUCCUCGGUGUCCUGUUUGGAGCAAUGUUCUUCUGCAUCGAGAUAUACUGGGCCAAAUCACCUCUCCUACCUCUGACUUCCUUCAACUCUGACAUCGGGUUCGUAUUUGCAUGCACAGCAACAGGCUGGGCGUGUUUUGGCAUAUGGGUUUACUACAUCGGCCAAGUCGCUCUCGACAUUGGAGGAAACACUCCUCUCCAGAUCGCAGCCUGGUUUGUCCCAGUCAUUCCCGUUGGCUUGUUCUCAGCUUUGGCCGUGGGGAAGUUGAUUGGGAGGAUUCCAGCAUCUUGGAUCAUGGUCGUUGGCCAGGUUGCCUACCUCGUAGGCUCCAUUCUCGCAGCAGCACGGCCUCCUCAUUCUAUUUACUGGACCUAUUAUUUCUUCAGCGUCCUCGUCAUUACUGUCGGUAUGGAUACGUCAUUCCCGUCCGCUGUCAUCAUCUUCUCGAACGCGGUGCCUCGAGAGUUUCAGGGAAUGGGCGCAAGUGUUGUCUUAACUGUUAUCAACUACAGCAUAUCCAUCGGACUUGGGUUUGCGGGUACUGUAGAGACAAACAUCAACAAGGCCGGGAAGAAUGAACAUGAUAGGUUGCUGGGUUAUCGCGGCGCACUGUGGUUCUCUGUUGGCUUGGCUGGGCUCGGGUUUGUGCUCAGUUUGCUCUUCAUUGCAAAGGACCACUUACUGAGAGCACAAGAGCACUAG